AUGGAUGUCCCCGAGCCCGAGCAGUCGCCCUUUACCGCCAUGUCGGCGCACACCUCCAGACUGACCCGGAAAUACCAAUCCUACCUCGACGCCUCAACCCCCUACACUAUCUAUCGCUGGGUUGGCACCGGUGUUCUGCUCUUCUGUUUCUUCCUGCGGAUUGUCUUCGCGCAAGGAUGGUAUAUCGUCGCCUACACUCUCGGCAUUUACCUCCUUAACCUUUUCCUCGCUUUCCUGACACCCAAGUUCGACCCUUCCCUCACACAAGAUGAAGGCCUGGAAGACGGUGACGCUGGCGCUUCCCCCAGCCUUCCCACCAAGCAGGACGACGAGUUCCGGCCGUUCAUCCGCCGCCUGCCCGAGUUCAAGUUCUGGCACGCCGCCACCCGUGCUAUCACCAUCGGCUUCCUGUGCAGUUGGUUCUCCGUCUUCGACAUCCCCGUAUUCUGGCCCGUCCUCGUGGUCUACUGGAUCAUCCUGUUUGUCCUGACCAUGCGCCGCCAAAUCCAGCACAUGAUCAAAUACCGCUACGUGCCCUUCUCUUUCGGCAAGACGCGGUACGGCCGCUCAUGAGCAUCUUCUUUUCGCUGUCCUUUUUAAUCCCGCCUCUCUGGUUUCUAUAAUCAGAGAUGCUUUGUGAAUGUCAACGUUUGUAUGUGUCUCAGCGGCAGCCAUGGAUAUGAUUCGAGCGAGGGGAAAAGAACCUGGGUUGUGGGUUCAUGGCGAUCUAUCAUGAUUUGCCCUGUAAUUCGUAUUACUCUAGAGGGCGCCUUGGUUC